AUGGUGGCACUGUGCAAGCACCUCCUGAGAGUGCUGCUCCUGCUGUACAUUAUCCUGAUCAACGUACCAUGUGCACGAAGCGUAGAUGUUUGUAAAGGCGCAGAAGAAACUUUGAGCAAAUUCUGGAAUACCAUAGAAAAUGCAAAACAUGGAGAUGUCAUUUUAAUAAAUAUAAAAAAUUACUACUGCCCAGCAUGCAGUCGGUAUAUUGAUGUGUGGAAUAAAUUGGAGCAGGAAAUAACAAAUUACGAAAGUAAUGUCAGUCUAUUUGUGUUUGACUGCUCAUGCCACAUGUUUGUGCCGUACUGCAGAUUUUUUAAGGUACGUUAUUUUCCAACCUUUCGGCUCCUGCACCCAGUGUAUGAUUACAUGGAGGGAAAAGACACAGAGUAUAAGUAUAUAGCUCCCAAUACAGAAAUGGUGAAUCGAAAGUACAAGAAGGACAUGCUGCUGGCCUACAGGGAGGUUGACAGAGUGAACAAUCUCGUACAGUUUCAAAGAAUGAUGCAAAAUUAUUUAUGCAAAAAUGUUAAUUUUAAUUACAUCGAUUUGAAGUCCUGCUAUGCUGAUGUCCCACAAGUAGAAGAGACCCCUGAAUAUGCUAUGUUUAUAGCCGCCACAAAUGGCGCCAUUGGGGGAAUCACAGGAAUGAACGAUGCUAAUAAUGUAAAUCGAAUGACUGUUGAUAGGUGGAAGGGGAUGCCCUUUACGAAGGAUGCUCUGAAGCACGAUAUUUUUAGGGGUAUGCUGUUCACUUUGAAGAAACAUAUUUCAUUAGGGUUAGAUGUGGAUAAAUCAACUCUGGAACCUUUUCUCGUUAUGACACAGAUCGUUUCAGAUAUGUAUCCUGAACUGUCCGAGUGGCUGGGUGACCUUCGUGAGAAGCUGGACUCUCAGGAGUACCCACUCAAGUGUGAGCAGUGGUCCAAGUUUGUCGACGAGCUUGCAGGGACAGACGCCAGUAACACUGUUGGAAGUGGCUCUGAGAUGGAUGCCAUUGCUACACUAAGCAAUGAAGAGGGUGUACAGAACCUUUUGGGGGACACACCCUGGAGCGAACCCAAAUUCAAAGUAUGCGAAGAGAACUCCGUCCUCUGCUCCUACUGGCUGCUCUUCCACAAAAUAUCAGUGCACUGUCUCCUGCACGACAAGGAAAGGUACCACUUCUACAUCGACGCAUUAACAAAUUACACAAAAAGUUAUUUGAACUGCGAAAGUUGUAUAAAGCACUUUGUCACUGCACAAGAGUCAUGCUACUAUGGAUUUUGUAACAUCCACUCAGCCGAAUCAUUCGUCAUUUUCCUAUGGAGAAUACACAACGCUGUUACCUUGCGAUCUAUGUACGAAUCGAUUAUUCAAGAGACACCAGUGCAGAAAGGGCAACGGGAACUCACAGAUGGUAAGGCAGAUAGGAAGACUAAAUUUCUCAACACAGAUCUGGCCUUUCCUCCGGAGAAGCAAUGUAAAUUCUGUAGAAAUGGCACUGGCUUUACAAGAAUUACUCCACCAUUUAUUGCGGAUGCACUGAAACAGAAAUCUAUUAGUGACAGGGAUUUUGAUGCCAUCGAUGGGUUCAGCGUCAAGCAGGUCUUAAACCACCUCGUUAAGGUGUACUCGUAG